ACAUGGUUGUAACUUUUAGAAUUCCAAGGUAACGUCUGACGCUUUAUGCGUGGUUAAAGAGAACUUUUUCCGGCCUAUAGUUUAAAAACAACAUGUCUGUGAGUGCAAGUGCAGAAAACUUGUCGAGUGACAAUCAAAGCUCAGGAGACGGAGGCACUAUGUGCCUGGAACUGGCACUCGAAGGAGAAAGGCUUUGCAAGGCAGGAGAUUGUCGAGCAGGAGUUGCAUUCUUUCAGGCAGCAAUUCAAGCAGGCACCGAUGACCUAAGAACACUAAGUGCUAUCUACAGCCAACUUGGGAAUGCGUAUUUUUACCUUGGAGACUAUGUUAAGGCAAUGCAGUAUCACAAACAUGAUCUGACACUUGCACGCACCAUGGGAGAUAAAUUAGGAGAAGCAAAAUCAAGUGGGAACCUGGGAAACACAUUGAAAGUUAUGGGGAAAUUUGAUGAGGCUAUGAUAUGCUGCAAGCGACAUUUAGAAAUAUCUCGGGAACUUGGUGAUAAGUUAAGUGAAGGACGAGCACUUUACAAUCUUGGUAAUGUAUAUCAUGCAAAAGGAAAACACAUUGGGCGAGUAGGGCAGCAAGAUCCAGGGGAAUUUCCAGAAGAUGUUAGAUCAUGUCUCCAGGAAGCUGUGAAGUACUAUGAGGAAAACUUGCAGUUGAUGAGAGAACUGAAUGAAACAGCAGCUCAGGGUCGUGCAUGUGGAAAUCUUGGGAAUACCUAUUACUUACUUGGUGAUUUCCAGAAAGCCAUACACUACCAUGAGGAGAGAUUGAAAAUUGCAAGAGAAUUUGGUGAUAAGGCUGCAGAAAGGAGAGCCAAUAGCAAUUUAGGUAAUUCUCACAUAUUUCUUGGUGAAUUUGAAGCUGCAGCAGAACAUUACAAGAGAACAUUAGUGCUAGCACAAGAAUUGGGAGACCGAGCUGUUGAAGCUCAAGCAUGUUAUAGUUUGGGUAAUACUUAUACCUUACUUCGAGAUUAUCCGACUGCUAUUGAAUAUCAUCUACGCCAUUUAAUCAUUGCACAGCAGCUGAUGGAUAGAGUUGGAGAAGGGCGAGCAUGUUGGAGUCUGGGUAAUGCGCACUCUGCAAUGGGUAACCAUGAAAAGGCGCUUUACUUCGCAAGUAAACAUCUGGAAAUUUCAAAAGAGCUUGGCGAUACCAUGGGUCAAGCAACAGCUCAGAUGAAUGUGUCGGAUCUGCGCAAGGUCCUAGGUCUGCCAGUCACUGACUUGUCUCCAGAGAGUCAGCAGCUCCUGACAUCACUGUCUGACCAGGGAUCACCAGCUUGUUUACGCAGAUAUAGGGUGAGGAGACACAGCAUGGAACAACUGGAUCUUAUAAAGUUAACACCUGAAAACAAACAGAAACCUAAUGGGGACUUGUCAAACAACCAAUCUGAAACAGCUGCACAAGAAUGUCAGCAAUCAGCUGCUACUGCUGCUGCCACUGCCCCAGCUGAUGAAACAAAGACAGAGCAUAUGGAAGACGAGGAAUCAUUUUUUGAUCUACUUUCUCGUUUCCAAUCAAAAAGAAUGGAUGACCAGCGGUGUUCGCUCAGUGUUGCUGACAACAAGGAGAAUAAUCAUAACAACAAUCUUACUCCUAACAAUCUAUUAAGUUGCGCUACGGGAAAUAGACCAGUCCCUCUGAAUAAUGCUGCCAUUACAUCAAACAAGGAAAAUGCUGUUUCAAAUGCAGGGAACGGAGACUCAUCAAAAGUGCAAGAGGAGUUGCUAGACCUAAUUGCAGGCAUGCAGAGCAAGCGAAUGGAUGAACAAAGGGUUGCUUUGCCACAUUUACCAGGACUGCUUCCACCAUCACAAGUACAGAGGCUUUCACUUGGUUCUGCUCCAGAUGAUACCUUCUUAGAGAUGCUGAUGCGUUGUCAGAGUUCCAGAUUAGAGGACCAACGCAGUUCUCUGCCCACUGAUGAUAAUGAAACUGAAGGAGAAGCUCGAACACACUCUGCCGCUCGAGGUGCUACUGUUCCUGAUGAAGACUUUUUCUCACUCAUUAUGCGUUUGCAGUCUGGUCGCAUGGAAGACCAGCGUGCUUCUGUCCCUGUUGUCCCGACUGCCCCUGCGCCACUUGCAGAGAACAGACAAGCUUCAAGAAAGGACAAGAAGAAAUGACUAACACUGUCUGCCCCUCCUUCUUUGGAACGCUAGGGGGCAUUUGAACAGCUGAAUCAACAUUACAAAUCUUUGCUGCUUCCAUUACCGACUGUGAUGGGUAGGUUGUAAGGACAUGUUAGAUUUUACAGCGCCCUAUUUUAAACAGGGUUGGUAAUGGUGUAGCUUAGCUGUGAACAGUUGGUGUGUUUGUCAUUGCCUGUCAAUCAGUUCAGUUUUGCAGCAUUUACCACAGUAAUUUUGAAUGCCAUUCUCAGUAUAGUUAUAAAUCAGAUGAUGUUAUCCACCAUUUAUGUGCCAGAAUAGACCAGUAAACAAUUUUUUCCCCAGUAUAUACAACAUUUGUGCAGUCAGAAUACAUUUUCAACAGAAUCUAUAUAUUUUAUUGUAAUAUUAAUUGCUUGGAAUGCUGCUAAUAUUCUACCUUUAAUGGGCUGAUUUGUUUCACUGCAAAAGACAGUUCUAAAUACUUUUAUAAAAAUGGAGGUUAUUGUGCCAAAUCUGCUCAGUUUAGAAUUGAUGCUAUGGUGCCUGUAUAAACAGCAGCUGUAUGCAUAAAAUUACCAACAUUAAACAAAAAUUUGUUUUGUAGUUGCAGAGAAUAACUAACAAAAAACAAAAGGUGUGAACGUUUCCUGCAUUUGGGUUUUAUUGUGACAUUGAAACAACAACUUCUGUUUGUGCAGUUUUUUUGUUUAUAAUUUUUUAAUCAAUAUUGUUUGUCAUCUGUUUGCUGUGAAGAGUUGCCCAGCAUUAUGUGAAUGCCUUUAACUGCCAAACGAUCUCAGUUUGUUAUUACUGUGAAUUGGCUCAUGAAACACCCAGUUGGUAUUUUCUCUCUACUUCUUUCUCUGUUGUCCAGUUCCAUAGCUGAGUGGUUAGUGUGGCUGACUGCCAUCUAGAGGUCCUGGAUUCAAUUCCCAGUACUGCCAAGAACUUUUCCUUGGUGGAAGAACUGCACCAGAGUCUACUGAGCCUCAUCAUGCCAGUUGAGGAGUGCUUGAAUGAUCAGAAGCAUUACAAGGUCUCUAAAGUUGACAAUGAAAGGGGAGAGGUGUGCUGACCCCAUUUCCCUUUAUAAUGCACCCAAAUGAUGCCAUUAGCUGAGGAUGACAUGGUCAUUAGUUGGUCCCGUUUGGUCUGUCUGAGGCCUUGAUGAUGGAACUUUGUUGUUGUCUUUCUCUGUUAGUGCAUUUAUCCCCACCUUCAUAACCUUCAAGAUGAAAGUACUGCACAGAGAAUUUAUUUCUCAGCCAAAACACUACAGGCCUUCUGCAAUAGAAUUUACAAACUCAAUUAUGAUAUGGUAAAUGGGAAAAUAAAGAAUUUAAGGACUUAAAUUUGCAAAGAGUGUACUGAAUUAUAAAAUACUAGGUAGUGAAUAGAAUGUCCCUAGCACAUCUGGAUUUUGUAAGAAAUUUUCUUGCUCGGACCAGAACAGACAAGAAUUUGGAUAAAUAAUAACAAUUCAGAUAGACUGUGCUGUGAAGUUUAGUACAUAACAUGAAAAAUGAAACUUCCUAGCAGAUUAAAACUGUGUGCUAGACUGGGAAUCAAAGGUUCUGAGUUAAAGAGUCUCUCUCUAGCAUACAGUUUUAAUCUGACAGGAAGUGUCAAAACAGCACAAAUUCCAGUGUAGGGUAAAGAUUCAUUCUGGAAACAUGACAACUAUUUCUUAAAAUGUUUUACACAUUAAAUGAAUAAAAAUAAAGCAGUUUCAGCAGGAAGUAUGUUCCACAAGUGUACAUGAAAGCAAAAGUGAGACCCUUAUAUGGUACACGUUAACUUAAAUAUGAAUUGUAGCUAAUAGGUUUUCAAAAUAAUAAAGUAAUUUUCCUGCCAGCUGGAAGACCAGUCAGUAAUAUUUUUUUUAUAAAUGAACAAAUUACACCACAUUUGGUGGGGGGGGGGGGGGGGGCGGCAAGGGGUGAGAGCAGGAGCAUAUCAUCCAUCUCCUAGGGCUGCACUGCAAAUGUGUAUUGUAGUAUGAAAGCAUUGGAACAAGUCAGUACAAAUCUUGUUGUAAAGUAAUCAGUGCAAAGUAUAGAUCAUUCUUGCAACAACAAAAAAUCCUUCAUAGCUUAGUAAGUAAUUGUAGGAUGCUGCAAAAUUGUACGUGUAAAACUCAAACAAUGGAAAUUCCGGGAUGGAAUAACAACAAUAUAAAAAGAUAGAUUGUUAGUAAUCACAGAGAACAAGUGUUGACUUGCAGACACACACAAUGAAAAGACUGCUAAACUUUUAGCUUUCAGAAAAAGGUCCUCCUCCAGAAGCAGCAGUCACUUGGGCAUAGACAGUGACAGUUUGUGUGUGUUUGUUUUUCUGCUUCCAAAUUAGGACUUUUUUUCUGGAAGCUAAAAGUUUAGCAAUCUUUUCAUUGUGUCUUUCUGUGACUCAGCUCCUCCUCUAUGCUGUGAAUAGCAAUCUAUACUUUUUGCAUAUAAAACUCAAUCAUUUAUAAUUAUUAAAUAUGAGCACCAGGGUAACUCCAAGUGCAGAGUUUGUGUACGAUAGAUGGUCACCAUCAGCACAGGAAAGAGAUGACUGAUUGGGCUGGUAUGUGUAUGUAGUCAUCCACAUGAAUUAAAUAAAAUGGUUAAUGCCAAAAAUACUAUAGUCGAAGGAUUUCGUUCUCCAGUUAGGCUUCCAUAAAACCUCUAGAUUAAUUAAGAUGGCAGUCAUAAAUGCUAAACUACAUUGCAAUACAGUUAUGCUCCAUUUAUUUUAAUGUAUGUUGGAUGAGUGUAGGAUAUAUCACAUAAAACUUAGCAGAUAAAAUUGAAGUCAUUUUCUAAAUCUCCAUCCUGAUAGAAAGACAGAAGAAUAGAAAAUACAGUGGAAACUAGAAAGGAAGUAAAGGCAAAAAUGUGCUGGAAAACUACAAAAAACAUACGAUAAAUACAUGCAAGAACAGUGCAAUUAAAUCACAAAUUAACCUUCAUACUUACUUCAGUAUAAGACUGUGUCUCUGUGUAUUCAUAUCAUUCAUCUGCUUGUUUUAUUGUUUUCUAUAAUUUUUAUACUUCUGUUUUUCUUUUGCUCUUAUUUAUUUAUUCCUUUAUUAUUGGUCACUUGUAGAUACAGCUGCGAGUCACCCAUCGUAGUAGUAGUGGAAGGCAUAUCCAUAUAAAAAUAAUUCAGGGUAACUGUUCUCAGACCUGUUUUUCAUUCUUUGAAAAUCAGUUAUUUAAAAAUUAGAGGUACUAUUUGCAUAUUUUUUCUUAGCUUCUAAAAUUUCUAGUUCUGAAUUCUCAGAAACUGCAGUAUUUUGACAAAGAAUUGCCAACAGCUUAUGACCAUAAAGUCGUCCAAGACCAUACGUAACAGAGUUUUAUUGUUAAAUGUUUUGUUUGUUGUGUUGCAUUUGGAAUAUUUUGUUUGGAAACAAGUUAUGAAACAAUUCAGCCUUGUGUGAAUACAAGCUAUGAUUUAUCCUGGAAUUCUUCAGUUAUAUUAAACAUUUGUAUAUUUGUUAUAUCUGCAUUUCAUUUCAGUAGAUGUUUAGUAAAAUGCACAUCAAAUGUCCACAUGUUGCAGGCACAAUGAAAAUGAGGGUCAAUUUAUCCCCUCUGUUAUCUAUUUGAUGCCUCUGCAGAUAGCUUUUCUGUUUUAAUCAUUUUUGCAACCAUCUCAAAAUUGUAAAAUUUUGUUGGCCAAUAUGUCAUCAUUUAUUAUUGUUACUAUUGUUAUCUAACAGCCUGUCCUUGUCUUCAGUUUUGUAGCAUAUUUGCCCUUUCCCCCUUACUAUGUGUUUUAAAUUUAUUUUCUGUUGUUUCAGUUAUGGAAUGUUCAGUGAUUAGAGUAUUGGCAUUUUAAAUCACCCCCAAGUAUAAUUUUGGAUUGUAGUGAGAUCAGUGUGCAAAAACACUAUUUAAACUCUUUCUCACAAAAACAAUAAGAUCCAUGAGCUGUUAAACCUAAAAUUUUAUCCAAAAUUUCGGGAUUUCAGAAUAAAGAAUUUGUUUACUUCAUGUAUAUUGAGAAAGUAUAUAUGGCCAACAUAGUUAUCGAAUUAAGUAAAAUAAACACUCUGACAGAUGUAAAACUGGUUAUGCUAGUCCUUAUAUUUGAGAUCACAGCUAACAAGUGUGUUCAUGUGAAAUGAAAAAAAAAUUGACUACUGUUUCUCACAAAUUUAAUCUUUAUUUGUAGAUAGGAUAACAAAGCAGAUUUAUAUAGUACUAUGUUAAUGUAAGUUGUUGCAAGGAGAAAGGAUAGUGUAGAAACAAACUUUUAUUUAAUAUAAAGUAAUGAUUGCAUCAUUUCUGCUAUAACUGACAUAUCUCAGUGGAGCAUUUCAUCAGUAUUGAUCUGCAUUUGUGAAUGAGAAUCUCUAAUAUUAUAUCCUUAAAUAUUCUAUUUCAGGAAAGUCAUGCAUGAGAAAGACUGCAGUAUUGCCAAGUCAUUUCAGCUUGAUUUCAUUUACUUAGAAAUCUGUAUGGAUUCUGAUAAGGAGAUUUGUGGACUCAUGUCUCAUUACUGGUUCUGAAGUAGUGUUAGAAUAUUUAAAAAAGGAAAAGCAAACAGUGAAAAUUGAUUUUUGGAUAGUGUGUGUGUGUGUGUGUGUGUGUGUGUGUGUGUGUGAGAGAGAGAGAGAGAGAGAGAGAGAGAGAGAGAGAGAGAGAUUGUCAUUUU